AUGGCCUGGUAUAUUUGGGAUAAGGAAAAAACUUGUGGAAAAUUUCCAUUAAAAGUUAAUCAAGCUUGUUUUGAAGUUAAUUCAAAUUCAAACGUUCCAUUAAAUUUAUUCACAAGAAAUAAUGAAUGCUACGAGUGUGAUUUUUUACCAUUGGGUCGACAAAUCAAAUCCAAUGUUACUACCAGGUUUAUCAUCGAUACAGAAUUUGGUUUUGAAUCAUAUUUUUCAAAUGGCAAUAAUAGUUUUUGUACAGUGAAAAAUCACUUUGAAGAUUUCGGUAAUAUUGAUCAUAGAAAUGACAGAUAUAGUAGAAUAAAGAAUUCAAGGAUUAAAUCUUUAGAUGCAUUUAGAGGUUUAGCCAUACUUAUAAUGAUAUUUGUUAAUUAUAAUGGAGGUGAUUAUUCCGUUUUUAAACAUUCACCUUGGAAUGGUAUAACAAUUGCUGAUUUUGUUUUUCCUUGGUUUAUUUGGAUUAUGGGUGCUUCUACAGUUUUGUCAAUAGAUAAUAAUUUUAGAAGAGCUCAGUCUAAAAAAGAAAUAUUUUUUCGUAUACUCAAGAGAAGUUUUUACCUUAUAGCUUUAGGAAUUGUUUUAAAUUCCGGGCAUCGAGAUUCAAAAGGAUUUUUACGAGUUUGUGGAGUUUUACAAAGAAUAGGCUUAACAUAUUUCAUAAUUGCUUCAUUAGAAAUAUUUGCAUUGAAAUCCUUAUUAAAUGAACAUUUUGGGCCUUGGAAUUUUAGUCGAAAUAUCAUCAAAAUAUGGAUACAAUGGCUGGUUCCAAUAUUGCUGGUAGCAAUACAUGUAAUCAUAACAUUUACCCUACAUGUACCAGGAUGUCCCUUAGGAUACACUGGUCCAGGUGGAUUAUCCAAUCAUUCUGCUUUUCGAAACUGUACUGGAGGAGCAGCUGGAUAUAUUGAUCGUCUUAUUAUAACUGAUAAUCAUAUGUAUCAUAGAGGAUCAUUUCUUAAAAUUUUCAAACCUUCAGUUCCUUUUGAUCCAGAAGGUCUUCUUGGUACUUUGACAAGUGUUUUUUGUGCUUUUCUUGGAGUUCAAUCGGCUCGAAUUUUAAUAAAUCAUGAAAAUUCAUUUUCAAAGAUUAAAAGUUGGAUUUUUUGGGCAAUAGUUAUGGGAUUAAUAUCUGGAUUUCUCUGUAAUUGGAGUCAGAACAGUGGAAUUAUUCCGAUUAACAAAAAUCUUUGGUCAUUGUCUUAUGUAUUAGCUACUUCAUCAAUAGCAUUUUUAAUUUUAACUACUUUUUACACAUUAAUAGAUUUUUUAAAAGUGUGGAAUGGAUUUCCAUUAAUAUACCCGGGAAUGAAUGCUAUAGCUUUAUAUUUAGGACAUUCUCUUUUAAAAACUCAAUUACCCUGGAGAUGGGUACCAUUUACAAAUACUCAUCUCGAACUAUUGGUAAUGGACACCACAGCAACUUUUGUAUGGCUUCUCAUUUCUUACGUUUUAUAUAAAACUAACGUAUUCAUAAGUCUAUAG